AUGUCACAUGCCACAUCUAGAUUGCGCGAUCCGCAACAGGAAACCAUCACUACCACCUUUUUCAUAUCCAAUCUACAUUGCCCAUCAUGUGUGGAGGCAAUCAAGAUAUCUUUAAGCGCACUCGUACCCACACCUCAGAACAUUGUUGUCUCUAUAGUGUCGCAUUCCGUUGUCGUAACCCACUCCGCAUUCCUGGCCCUCAACACUAUAUCCGAAUCGCUCGAGAUUUUUGGGUUCGAAGUACACAGUAUCUUUCAGAACAACAAGGCCGUUCAGCAUCCUGUCGAGGUGAAGAAUCAAGAGACACAGGGAAAAGAGUGGCAUUCGAGUCUGGAGCGCGCAGUGUCGAGCUGGAUCCAUCCUAAGGGGCUGGAGAACACGAGUGACAAAAGGCGUAAGAAGGAAUUACACCUUUGA